AUGCGGCGGCUUAAAUUGAAAGCUCCACGACAGCUUAUUAAUGAGCCCAAUAAAGCACUAGGUGCAAGAUAUAAUUGCCGUGAUGCGGUUUGGUUCUGGUUGCAUUCCAUUGAGCGCUAUGUAAGAGAGGCUCCGAGCGGCCAACAGAUCCUUCACAGUCCAGUAAGACGAAUUUAUCCCGAGGAUGACACAGUUUUCGGAGAUUAUGAGAGAGAAGAGCCACUGAUGAACGUGAUGGCUGAAGCUUUGCAACGGCACUUUGCUGGAAUUGAUUUCAGAGAAAAGAAAAUGCGCGGACAUCAGAUAGACGACAUAUUGAUAGCGUACGAAGUGGCUGGCAAUCGAGGAGAGCCAGCGACGCCAAGGGACGGAGCGGCGGUUGAAAUACAAGCAUUGGCUUAUAGUGUGCUGAAUGCGAUGUCUGAAUGGGCCAACGCUGGUGUCAUAAACAAGAAUGGAGUCUCCAGUGGUGAUGAAUCCUGGGCUUGGUCAGAGUGGGCAGAAAAGAUCAAGAGUAAUUUCGAGCAGCAGUUCUUUAUUGACGAGAAUCAUGAUGGCCAAUUUGUGAAUCAAAGGAAUAUACUGAAGGACACUGUUGGCUCGACUCUCGAAUUCACGGAUUAUCAGCUCAGAUGCAAUUUCGUCGUCGCCCUUGCUACGGCCCCAACGUUGAUUGAUCCUCACAAGGCCUGGCUUGCUCUUGACAUGGCAAAGGAACAUCUUCUGGGACCGCUUGGAAUGAAAACCCUGGAUCCAAGCGAUUGGGCCUACAAUGGCGAUUAUAACAACAAUGACGACGGUGUAAACAAGAAAACAGCCAAGGGAUGGAAUUAUCAUCAGGGUCCGGAAUGGCUGUGGGUCGCCGGUUCAUAUCUACGAGCGCGAUUGUUAAUCGGUCACAUUCUUGGCGGAUCUGAAUGGGUCUCUGCCCAAAAGGAAGUCCAACAAAGGCUUGGCAAUUAUUAUCGACACAUUCGGGAUUCCGCAUGGAGUUCGUUGCCAGAACUUACCAAUUCUAACGGCAGUGAUUGCGGAGGAAGUUGCCCGGCCCAAGCAUGGUCCGUCGGUUGUGUGCUCGACUCCUGUCUCUGUUUCACGAUCUGA